AGACCCCGCCCCGCGCCUGCGCAGUGCCGGAACCGCCGCUUUCCCGCGCGGUUGAAGGAUGAGAAGUAGUAAGGAGCCGUUUUUUGUGAAGUUCAUAAAGUCUUCCGGGAGUUCGGAGUAUUUUUCUAAAGCUCUUGAGUCUAUAAAAGAAUUCCAGUCAGAAGAACAUCUCCAGAUCCUUGAAGAAGAAUCAGUACUCAAUAUAAAAGAAAAUGAUAAAUCACUUUACAUUUGUGAUCCUUUCAGAGGUGCGGGUUUCAGUCAUCUCAAAAAGCUUGGCUGUAGGAUUGUUGGACCACAGGUAGUUCUGUACUGCAUGCAGUCGCAGCGAUGUGUCCCAAGAGCCGAGUAUCCUGUGUACAACAUGACCAUGGCCGAUGUCACGGUGUCCUGUACCAGCCUGGAGAAGGAUGUGAGGGAAGAAGUUCAUAAAUAUGUGCAAAUGAUGGGUGGAUGUGUAUAUAGAGACCUCAAUGUGUCAGUAACUCACCUUAUAGCUGGAGAAGUUGGCAGCAAGAAAUACUUGGUAGCUGCUUCCCUGAAGAAACCUAUUUUGCUUCCUUCUUGGGUUAAGACAUUGUGGGAUAAGUCUCAGCAAGGCAUAAUGAGGUAUACUGAUGUUAAUAUGGAAGACUACGCUUGUCCUGUGUUUCUGGGCUGCACGAUUUGUGUCACUGGCUUAAGCAGCUCUGACAGGAAAGAAGUGCAGCGCCUCACUACUGAACACGGUGGGCAGUACACAGGGCAGCUCAAGAUGAAUGAAUGCACUCACCUCAUAGUGCAAGAGCCAAAAGGUCAGAAGUAUGAAUGUGCCAAAAAGUGGAAUGUGCACUGUGUGUCUGUGCAGUGGUUUUCUGACAGCAUCAAGAAAGGCUUCUGUCAGGAUGAGGCAAUGUAUAAAGUAGAGGCUGGAUCAAAACCAUGUAAUGCACCCAGUACAUCAACACCUACGAAUGACACCAUCAAGCCUCCUAAUCAUACCCUUUCGGAUGUCAGCCACAUUUCCAAUAUCAAUUUGAGUGGUGUUAAUGAAACUUCAUGUACUUCAGCUAUGAACAGCAGACUGGAUCCUCUUUCUGAUGAGUUGGAGAACUUGGACAUAAGUUCUUUUCAAGCCCCUGAAGAUUUGUUAGAUGGGUGUCGAAUCUAUCUCUGUGGUUUCAGUGGCAGGAAGUUGGACAAGAUGAGAAGGCUUAUUAAUUGUGGUGGUGGUGUUCGAUUUAAUCAGCUUAAUGAAGAUGUUACUCAUGUCAUUGUGGGGGAAAAUAAUAAUGAGCUGAAACAAUUUUUGGACAAGACAGCUCACAGGCCUAAUAUAGUGACAGCAGAGUGGUUACUGGAGUCAUUUGGUAAAGGUUGUCUUUGUCCAGUGGAGCACUAUAUCCCUCUAAACUACCAGCUGCUAGAGAAUCCAAUUUUAGAACAACCUGGAAUGAAGUCAAUUUUUCCCAAAAAACCCGGUCUCUUGAAGAAAGACACUGUGAACAUUAUAAAGCACCAGAAAGCUACUGAAGAUGACUUCCUCUCUCAAUAUGUAAAUAACUAUUCUACACUAGAUGAAGUUGAAAAACUAACAUCCAGAACCUUCAGUGAUGUUACUAACUCGACUGCCCAAGGAGAGAAUCAGCCUCCUGUCUGUAAUGGGUCUUUGGCAGAGUCUUCUGCACUGGCUGAAGGAGGCUUAUUUUUUGGGAAGAGAUUUCUUCUUCUGGGUUUUGGUGAAGAGGAUGAGUCCUGCAUUGCAGAUAUUAUAAAGGAGAAUGCUGGGGAAGUUCUGCCACCACAGAGCAGAACCAUUGCAGACUAUGCUGUGGUACCUUUAUUAGGGUGCACUGUGAAGGCAACUGUUGGUGACGUCGUCACAAAUACAUGGCUGAUAACAUGUGCGGAACAGCAGGCCCUUUUAGAUCUCCGAUCCAAUCCACUUUUCACACCAGUCCUGGUAAUGGAAGGAGCUACCCCUCUGGAAGAUUGUGUUCUUUCUUUUAGCCAGUUCACGGGUGCAGAGAGAGACUCCCUUGUUUAUCUGGCAGGACUCCUGGGAGCCAGAGUCCAAGAAUUCUUUGUGCGGAAAGCCAGUGCAAAAAAAGGAAUGUUUGCCAGUACCCAUCUUGUGGUAAGAGAGCCGAAUGGCUCCAAGUAUGAAGCUGCAAAGAAGUGGAAUUUGCCAGCAGUCACUGUAGCUUGGCUUUUGCAGUCUGCAAGAACAGGAAAGAGGGCAGAUGAAAGCAAAUUCUUGGUUGAAAAUGCAGAGGCUGAAGAUACGGAGAGUUUCAUUACUCAGCUUAGCAGGACACCAGCACCUGUUAAAGUUCCUGAUUUAGAACAGCCUACUUAUCUCCUUGAAGCUGGAAAAAAAGGAGCUGUGACCCCCCUUGAUAUCAACAGGUUCCAGAGUAAAGCUUUCCAAGCUGUAAUCUCUCAUCAUACUGGGAAGACAACUCCUGUUGCACAAGGGGGCCCACUCCAGAAAGAAUCAUCUUUAAAUCUUGACACACCAUCCAAGUUUCUUUCCGAAGACAAGUUUUUCAAGCCUUCCUUUGAUGUUAAGGAUGCUCUGGAAGCUCUGGAAACUCCUAGAGGUCCUGAACAAAGAACCAGGAAACUGAGCACACCUCUCUCCGAAGUCAUCAGCAGAAACUUGAAACUGGCACUGGCAAGCAGCACAACACAUGCAGCAGCUCUUACUGCCAGCCCUCAGUUGGCUGCUGCACAGCCAGAAGUGGAAGAAGAGCCCAAGCCUCUAGCUGAUGCUGUUAUAUAUGUUAGUAAAAAACUUAAUAAGAGGCAAAGGGAGCUGAAUGCAAUAGCAGCUUCUCUUGGAGCAGACUACAGAUGGUGCUUUGAUGAAACAGUAACACACUUCAUCUAUAAGGGAGGACAGAAUGAUAACAAUAAGGAGUACAAAUCUGUUAAAGAACGGGGUAUACAUAUUGUUUCAGAACAUUGGCUUUUAGCGAGUGCCCGAGAAUGUAAACGGCUUCCUGAAUCUCUCUUUCCUCACACUUACAAUCCCAAAAUGAGCCUGGACAUCAGUGCAGUGGAAGACAUCAGGUUCUCCUCCUCCAGUAAACCUCUUUCAGCUGGAAAAGCAGCAGAGGAAAGUGAGAUUAUUCCAGUGGUUGAAGAUGAUGCUGAAGAUGAUGUAACUACUGACCAAAUAAAGGAAAAAGUCCCUGUAGGGGAAGAACAAAUUGUAGCAAGUGAAUCCAAAGGAGUUUUAACCCAAGCACUAGAAAUGAGGGAGAACUUCCAAAGGCAGCUGCAGGAGCUCAUGUCUGCCACAUCACUAGUGAAACCACAAGGACAGAGAAGAUCCCUUUCCAGGAGCAGCUUUGAUGGUUCUCCAGCCACUCCUGAUAGCGCACGGUCUGUGCGAAAUGGCCGCAGUAGGGUCUUGGAAGCCCUAAGGCAGUCCCGCCAGGCACUGGCAGAUACAAACACAGAGCCAUCCCAGAGUGAGCAGAUCAUUUGGGAUGAUCCUACUGCGAGGGAAGAGAGAGCAAGACUUGUCAGCAACCUUCAGUGGCCUAAUAGUCCUUCCCAGUACCUUGAGCAAGGUCAGAGUAACACCAGUAAGAACAUGGAUGAGAUCAAAGGAUCUGUUCCUGAUGCAGAGAUGGCUGAUAUAGCUGUUCCUGAGGCUGGGGAUGGACAUGUGAUUGAAAGUCUAAAGAAUCCCACAUGUAGAGAUCCUGAAAUGCCAAUUAAGGAUAACUUGAUCCCCACGCCACAGGCCCCCAGCAUUGCUUUCCCCCUGGCUAACCCUCCUGUGGCACCAGAGCCCAAAGAAAAGGUUGUUCCUGAAGAUGAGAAGGCUGAUGAAGAAAUAGAAAAACUCCGUAAAUUUCAGCUGUCUUCUCUUAAUCCUCAAGAAAGAAUUGAUUACUGCCAUCUGAUUGAGGAAUUAGGUGGAACAGUACUUGAGAAACAGUACUUUGAUCCGAGUUGCACACACAUUGUUGUGGGACAUCCUCUUCGGAAUGAAAAAUUCUUGGCUUCGAUGGCAGCUGGAAAGUGGGUGCUUCAUCGUUCCUACCUGGAGGCGUGUAGAGGAGCUGGCAGCUUUGUUCAGGAAGAAGACUAUGAGUGGGGAAGUAAAUCUGUACUUAAUGUUUUGUCUGGAAUCAAUGUAAACCAGAAGAAACUAGCACUGGCAGCCAUGAGGUGGAGGAAAAAAAUUCAUAAAGGGAGGCAAGAAACGGGUAUUGUUGAGGGAGCUUUCAGUGGUUGGAAAGUGAUCCUGAACGUUGAUCAAACUAAGGAAGCAGGAUUCAAGCGCCUUCUUCAGUCAGGAGGAGCAAAAGUUUUUUCUGGCCAUUCUGCAUCUCUCUUUAAAGAAGCAACUCACCUCUUUGCUGACUUCAGUAAGCUGAAGCCAGAUGACUCCAGGGUUAACGUGGCAGAGGCGGCAGCCCAGGGAGUGAACUGCCUCAAACCCGAGUACAUCGCUGACUACCUCAUCCAGGAUCCACCUCCCCCUAUGGAGUCUUACUGCCUGCCAGAAGCUGUGUCUUACCUUCAGAAUAACUCAGAUCUUGGAACCGGAUUAUCCCAGAAAAGAAAAGCACUGGGAGAAAUGAGCAGAGUCAAGCGAUCCAGAAUACACUAAGCAUAUUCUCUGUUCUUAAUUUGUACAUUUUUAAAUUCAUAUUUCUAUUUUUUCAUUCUUGCCCAAAAAAUUAAAAGCUUUGAGGUUCACCUUUAACUUGUCCCAAGAUUAAAAUAAAUUUGCAGUAAUGCUUAUAGGAAAGAUUGCUUUGGUUAGCAGUAGCAUCUAAAAAUAUGGCAAGAAUUCAUCCAAAACAUACUUUAACAUGUCCAGUCUAUCCCAUCACUAGACUAGUGAUUUUUUUGUGGAUACAGUUGUAUAAUAAUAGUUAAGAAAUAAUUUGUAAAAAACAUAUCACAUCUUUCAUCUGUGUGUUGUGGGGAAAAUACCAAUUGAUGAGAAUUACAUUGCAUUUCCCAUAUAUUUUUUAUAUAGAUUUUUAUGUUAAUUUUUCAUCUUUUGGUAUUUUCUAUUGGAAGGGAAGAGGGAAACUAGGCAAAAAGAACUGGUUUGUAAUUUUUUGUACUAAUGGAGGAUGUAAUAAGCUAUUUCUGUAGGUUACAGGUGCUGUUGCUGCCAUCCUGAAUGCUGAUGAAUCUGUUCAGCAACUGUAGACACAAUUCUGUUAACCAAGAGGUGAAGUUUGUCUUGACCAUGUUCCCUGUUUGAGUCUGUGACAAGAAUCAGAGCCAGACAAAGACUUCAGCUUCUGGCAACUGGAAAUGUUCUUAGUCACACAACCACAAUAUUUGACAAAGUCUUUGACCUUUUCAGUAACAGUGAAGUCUGGGCCUAUAUUUACUGAACUUCAUGUAUAUGAGUGCACUAUGUUAGUCUGGGCAAAAGUGUUCUCAUGGAACACUGUUUAAGCAUCUGGAAUUACUACAGCCUGUUUGUACAGAAAAGCACAGCAUCCACUCACACACGACCAGUGGAGUUGUCUGGAAAAAUACAUGUAACACUGAAGUCUAUUUAAUUUACCUUUGUUUUGUUUUGAAGGCAAGGGUGCAUUUUAUGUUUAUUUUCUAGCUGCUGAAUACUCUUUUCUGGAAAGGGUUUGCAUCAGUGUUUGUUGCGGACCCAAGACUGAGCCACAAGCGUUUAAGCCCUGUGGAACCUGCAGAGUCAGGCUGGGCUAGGCAGAACUAACCUUUUGCUGCUUGGGGAAGGGACAAGGCACCCGAGUUGUGGCAUCUCCAGGUGAGAGAGAACAGAAAAGCAGCUUUUUUUUUAUGUGCAAGGCUGUACUUUGUGCUUCUGAUUUUCUGCUUUAGUGCAGUGGAUCUUUUGUCAGUGAGCUCUGCAACCUGCUGUCAGGAUGACCUGAAGGAAUUGUCAGGAAGGAGUGCAAAUGAAAGUGAGGGAAUUGAUUAUUUUAAAGAAGUGAAAUCUGUGCCCCUGUCACUGAGGGCUUGGCUGUGACUACAGUCUUAUCACCUGCUUUGGGGUUUUUUUGUCUCAUAACAGCUUGAUGCUUUUUGAUACUUGUGGACAUCAAACGUCUUCAACUUGUUCCAAGUGCACAUACUGAAAAUAAUGCUGCUGGUUAAUGCCUUACAUUUUGAAUUAACUGUGUAUAUCACUGUUCUACCUCUGAAGUGCUGCUUUGCAUUGCAGGCAUUUGAAAGAGGUGUAUUACCAGGGAAGACCUAAGGUUCCUGUGACUUUUUCUUCCCAGUUCACAGAAGCUACUGUGGAAGGGUAGUGUUGGUAUUCUCACUUUAUAGAUAAAACCCACUCCCUGACCCACUUAACUCAAGCUUUAAAAGAAGUCUUGGAGCCACAGAGUUCCUGCAGCUGUUGUGAAUCCUGGGGCAGGGCAGAAGGGGGAGCAGCUUAAAUCAGGCACACACCAACCCCCAGUGAAACCAGUAACCUGGGGUCUGAGUGCUGCAUGUUCUCCAGUGUUCUCUGACCUCGUUGACACUGGUUUAAAGCCAGGGGUGAGGCAGGACAGUGAAGGAGUGCUGGGGGAACAGAAGCAGAAGGCAGCUGUUCCAGCCAGAGCCAGCUCCUCUUCUGCACUGGGCUUCAAACAUCCAGCGCACCGCUGUCCGUAUGCCACACACGGGGAAACACAACACAAGCAAGACAAACUUGGGAGAUGGAAAUUCAGUUGGUACUGUUAAGAUAAAUUUAUUUUCUUCAGCUUUCUUCACAGGAAACAUCACGAAAGUGCUUUACAGAGUUUGAAUACCAUUACUCUACCAUGGGACAAAAGGACAACAGGUGUGUGCACUGCACAGUUAGAAGUUGUCAUAUGCAGAAGCCAUGAUAGGUAAACCAGGGUAAAAAAAAAAAAUCUACUGACAAAAAUAUAUAUAGUUCAGGUUUUGAACUUAAGUUAUGACUAUUAACAUAAUUAUAUAAAUAUACAGGCACCAUUAGGUUCCUGUGUUAACUGUGAGGGCCACACAGGGAUUCUCAGAAACUGAUCAUAUUGAACUUUGUUUAAACACUUUCUGCUGUGCUCCACAGGCUCCCAGCCAAACCAUUUUCCCAGCCAGACAGUAUCAUUUCUUUUGCACUACACUGAGCACACAGUUAUCUUCAUUUCUUCACAUUAAGUCUGGUGCUGAGGCAUUGUGGUAUGUUGCUGAAAACAAAUUCAGGUUUGAUUUUUUAACCCCCCUUUUGACUUACAGAGAGAUCCUCUUACAAUUCUUCCCUCAGUAAUCUCUUCCUUAAAAAAAAAUGAAAUGCUUUAGGCUAGAUCCUGCUGUCCAGGUAAGACAGUUUUGUUUAAGCUAGAAUGUUACCAGUCAUGCAACUACUCCUUUCCUUAGCUGAGCUGUGUUGUACUGUGAACAGUGCUACUGCCUCCCUUUUGCUGUAUUCAGUGGGAAUUCAGCUCCCAUGUAGCCUCUGAGGUUCUAGGUUUCAGUUCUUGAAGGAGACUGCAUGUACAUGGUAGGCAGUUUUGCAAUGCUUGUGAUACUACAGCCCUGACAAAAAAAAAUGCAGCAUGAUCAAGACUUGGGAGUUCUUUCCUGCUGCUUUCUAAAUAAGUGAUGAAUAAUUCAGGCAACUAAGAAAUCCUUGGCAUGGUAAUGUAGAUGAACAGAAGAAGGAGGCAAUACUCUAGGGCAAAGAGAGGUCAAAUCAAGAGAUUUUUUUGCUGAGUUUUGAGUUCCAGGAAAAACAAUAAGCAGAGCCCAUUAUUCAGAAAACACUGUCAUGCCAGUUUCCAAAGCCACUUUGCCCUUUACCCAAAUCCCAGAGUAGAGACACAGUGCACGGUCAAAGAACUUGUCAGUCCUGAAGGUUACUGGGCAGUCAGUAAGUAACAGUACGGAGCUACAGUGGCAAGACAGGGCUUUGGUGAGUACCAGCAGAGGUGAGGCUUCCAGAGGCAGGGGAGAGGCUAUGAAGUAUUACAUUCUAACUCUCAGAUUCAUUGGCUCUGUUUUUGUCCUCAAAAAGUAAAAAAAAAUCCAAACUCCCUUGGCCAACUUAAUCAACUCCCAGCAGCCAGGACUGAUUUUGACAGAAUGCUGCUGUAAUAGAACACCUAACAGAGGCAGAUAUUUGGAUGCAAAAAUCCAAGGUACAUUGUUCUCAACCUAGUGUCAUCAUUAGUACACGAAGGCAGCUGCUCUCUAGGAUGUGGUACUCUGAUAACUGAGGUAAUGCAACUCUCAAGGCCCAGGCUGGACAUCCUACCAGGCUUGAGUCUGCCCUUGUAACACAUCCUUUGUAUCUGUAAACAUAACAUGACUGGGAAAUGCAGUCAGUGCUUAAAGACAACAUCAUUUACAGCUCCAUGCUCUUUAAAGCACAAGAUGAUGAGAAUGAAGAGAUGAAACAAACCACAAAGACAAAGCCUGACCUCCAGUGUUGCUUCAUCUCAAAUACUGUAAUGCAAUUUCAAUAUCCAGUUAAAUACUACUACAGGUAUAUCAGAUUAAGCAUGGCAGAGCUCACAUGGUUGCUGAUCAAAGACUAAGUAAUAAUAAUGCAUCUGCUUGAUCUCUGCCAUAAAGAGGAGAAUAAGCCAGAAAUUUAAAACAAGUUUCUAUGGGGCUUGUUCACUGGCACUUGAUUCUGGCUGUCACACCUAGAAUUGAAGUGACAUGAUCUCAAAUCACAUUUUAAUGAAACUGACCUCGUGUGACAGAAAAAACUUCAUUGAAACCAGUGAGGUUAAGCUCUGGGAAACUAUACACAUCUUUUGCCUUUUUCUCAAUAAAUUUGUUCUAUUGUACCA